AGUUGUACCAGGAUGGCAGGCAGCUGCUGGGCUGACACGUAACUAAAGUUAAAGGUGGUAUGGAGGCCUCGUCGGGGACUUGAGGUUUUAUAUUUUUUUUCCCGUAAGCUGCUUUGAAUUGCAUCGUGGGAAACAACAAGCAAGAGAGGGGAGGAAACUCAACACGCAAGCCUUUGCAGGAGUGAAGUGAAGGAAAUCUGGAGCGGUUACUUUGAAGUCGCUAAUGGCUUUUGCAUUGCUACAGUAAUGCAUACAUCGGGGGAUUUAAGCACUUUUUUUGACUGCUCGGAAAUGGUUUAGGAGUGAGAGCUGUUGUUGUUUUUGCAGUCUUCACUUUAAAAGUUCAGUAGGGGAAGUUUUUUCCUGCAGCAGAGACGGGGUUUUCUCGCUCGGACAGCGGGGAGGGGUCCAACAUGGGUAGCGGGGUUUGCUCCCGGAGGCAGCGGAGGAUCUUUCAAUGUCUCCUGCUGCUCACCGUGGUUUGCGGGAUGAUGUACGGAGGCAUGAUGUCCUAUGAGAUGCACACACAGCUCAAGAGGACCGAGGCCAUGGCGCUGAAGUACCAGCAGCACCAGGAGUCCCUGUCGGCGCAGCUCCAAGUGGUGUACGAGCAUCGCUCCAGGUUGGAGAAAUCUCUUCAGAAGGAGAGGAUAGACCACAAAAAGGCCAAAGAAGAUUAUCUGGUUUAUAAGCUGGACACACAACAGUCACUGAACAAGGAGAAGCAAGACUUCAACAGCAGAUUCAAUUCUCUACAAGUGCAACAUCAGAUGCUAAAGAACCAGCAUGACGACCUGAAGAAGCAGUUUUACGAUCUGCAGGAGCAGCACCAGGUUCAGGGAGACGACCACAACCGGCUGCUGGACGAACACAAAGAGCACUACGAGAAGCUGCAGCAGGCUAAAGACGGAGAGAUCACCCACCUCAAAGAUAAUGUAUAUAACCUGAGAGAGGAAAACAAACACCUGAGGAAAGCACACCACGACAUUCACACACAGUUGCAGGAUGCAGUGGUCGUACAUCAGAACCUGAAGGCGUCACACACACAGCUCGCACUGACACUGGAGGACCACAAGAGUGCGCUGGCUGCAGCUCAGGCGCAGGUGAAUGUUUAUCAGCAGAUGAAGGAGACCCUGAACAGAGCGGCAAGUGCGAGACAGCCUGAGGUAAACCCCGCCCCCCCGCAGCCUCAAGCAGCCGCCGUCGCACCUGAACCCCACAUUCAUGCAGCCCAACAGGAAAUUGUACUGCAGCAACCCCACCAAGAGGUGCCCGCACACGGGGAGGAGCACCUGGACACUGAUGCCAAGUUGACCAACAACCCCUUGUCAGAGAAAGAGGAGGACAGGGAAGGGGAGGCAGAGAGGAAGAGAGAGCUGGCGGAGGAGGAGAUGGCUCAGGCCGGACAGCCUCAGAAGCUGGAGGAGGAUCCCGAUCAACCACAGGACGAGCAGCAGCAGGAGGAAGAGGAGCAGCAGCCGGAUGAGAACGCCCUGGAGCGAGACAGACAGCAGCCGGGUCCCCACGCAGAGCUGCAUCAGGAGGCCCACGCCCAGGUGGAGCGCGUGAAGUCGGCCUACGAGCAGCAGCAGGAGCAGCAGCGCCUAGAGGCUCAGCGGGCCGAGGAGCGCCGGCAGAUCCAGCUGCGGCAGGAGGCGCUGCAGCUGCAGAGAGACAAGGUGCUGCAGGAGAGGGAGCAGAGGCUGAAGCAGGAGCAGGAAAGAGAGCAUCAGCAGCACAGGGAGGCCGACCGGCGGGAGCAGCUGCUGAGAGAGGAGCACCACAGGAAGAGGAACGAGUACGAGAAUAUGGACAACGAUAUCGUUCAAGGAGAAGAGGUGCAGCACCCUGAUGAUGAAGAAGACACUGCCAUUUUACAUGAGGAUGAGGAGGAGGAGAAUCAGGAAGUGGAUCACGACAUGCCUCCACAUCAGGGCGCUGGGAUCGGUGAACCGGACCCCGAGGACGACCCCAACAAUCAGGGAGAGGAUGAGUUCGAGGAAGCCGAGGAGGAUCAGCAGCCGCAGCCGCAGCACAGGGUCCCAGGAGAGGAGGAGGUGGUGGUGGAUGAGGAAGAGGAGGCGCCAGCCAAUCACAAGCCUGACACUCACCCCGGACAACCUGCCGUGGAGGAGGAACUGGUGAUCGCCGGAAACCCAGAUCAACAGGAAGAUACGCUGGACGACCAGUACCAGGAGGAAGUAGAGGACGAGGUGCAGGAGGAUAUAGCUGGUGGUCAGAAGAGAGAGGAGGAGGAGGUGGAGGAGGAAGGAGAGGAUCCGUAUAACGAGGACAACUUAGAACCGGAUGAAGUGAAACAUCAGGAGGGGCCGAGGCAGGAGGUGGGUCACAGGAAAGAGGCUGAAAAUAACGAGGAAGAGAACUACGAAGAGGAAGAGGAGAACCUGGAUGGGAACGGUCGGGACAAGGGAACCAAUCGGAGGGCAGAGAUGUGACGCAGACUUUAAACCAGUUGCAGUGCCUUUUUUUCGGGUCUUUCUUUCUCUCGUUUCCCAAAGGAAUACAAACACAGCCAUCCGUUCGGAAUUCCAAUAAGGAAACUGGGGCUGUUGUGCCUGGAAGAUGGGAUGCUAUUCCAAACACUGGGGGUGGAACUGAGCAGCUAACACUGUGGAAAUGGACAGGCUUCGUGGAGCAGAAAUGGGAUGUAUACUUUAUAUAUAUUUUUUAUUCAUUUGCUUUUCUGUCUACGCCUGAUCGCCUGCCUGGUUUUGUAGGCAGAGAAUGUAUUUCCUUCAUGUCAUGUCUUUGAAUAUUUGUAAAGAAAACAAAGAUAAAUUAUGUUACCUGCAUUUUUUUUAGGUAUGUUUUUAUGAAAACAGUCUUUGUAGAUCUCACAUUUGUAUUUACAACUGGCAUUCCAAUCGCUGUUAUUUAUUUUUGAUCGCAACAACUCCGACAAUCAUUGUCCUGACUGAACACUUUGUGUCAUCAUGUACGGAGGCCGACAAGCGCCGACACGCUAGAACGGCCCAAAAUCUCCAUUAGGAGAAAUGCGCUGAAGCUUCAGAAUCGAAGCAAAUAAAAAGAAGAAGAAACAGAAGAAACAAAUUAAUGACACAACUCCAACAACUUUGUGUAACAUGCACAGUGUUUACUAUAGGCGCUGCAAGAAGCUCAAAACAUAAUGGAAACCAGGGGACACUUUCAAAGUGACGCACACAGCUGGGAUCGGAGCGCCUGUUGACGUUCAGGGAUUAUAGAGUUGGCCAACUGUCACUGUUGUUGGAAACCUAAAAUGUGAGUUUAUCAAUUUAUUUUAACAAUGUGAUCACAGGAUUCCUUCUGAUAUUAUUGCAGACCUGCUGUAAGCUAGCCAGCUAACGUGGCUAACCUAGUCAUUUCAAAUAUGCUGACGAAACACUUUGAAAAGAGGAAACGGACUAACAGUUUGUCAACUUUAUAGUCCCCCAAUAUCAAGAGUGCUCCGUUCCCAGCUGUGUGCGUCACUUUUUUACUGUCCCCUGAUGAUGUUUACGUCUUACCUACAGCUUUUCAUUUAUGCGGCGCUUUUAGUUAACGCUGCACAUGUUUGGUCAUUGAUGUUUUUGUAUUUGCAUCGUUUUUGAAGCUGCAGCACGUUUCUCCUAAUGUACUUUUUUGGGCGGCUGUAGUGCGUUUGCACCUGUCGGCCAACAUAGUAAUGGCUUUUACCAACAUACCAACCAAGCGGGAGUUUUUUUCACUGGAUAUUUCUGCUAAACGCCAGCCAAAAAGACAUUUUUUUAUGUGCUGAAAGAGUCACUCUGACAUGUGCCUUUUGUUCUUGGGAACCUCUACUAGGUCAUCUAGUCAUUUCAAUAGGAAAAUCAUUUCCACAGGAUAGUACAGAUGAGAGAUGCAAUUUAAUUAUUACAAACUGUUUUAGUCUGCUGUACAAUGUAUAAGGAAACUAAUGCUGAACAAUUUUACAUUUUUCCACCAGUUAUAUUUGAUACAAAACAGUGUGAUUUUGAUUGUGUUGAACCAUGUUUGCCACCUGAACGUGUGGAAUAAAGAGGUCAAAGGAUUUUAA